AUGACAACAGAAUCAGGAGAAAAAGCAACUGUACAUUGUAGAAAUUUAGUGAGCUUACUAACAGACAUUAGAUUAAAGGGCAAAUUGGGUACGUACAGAACAGAAGACAGCGGAAGUGAUGGAUUAAUUUCUACAAUGCCUAGUCCUUUGACUUUAGUGGUAGAUCCAUCAGCUAAAUUCUGUUGUGCUCAUUGUUCACUGCAAGUUGGUAGAUUAUGUGCUUCUACGGAUUCAAUUGAUUCUUAUGCUUAUAGCAUCAGUUUUGAAACAACUUAUUGCUAUCUUUUUGUAUUUGUAGGUGACAGCCUUGCAAUUUUAAGGGCAGAAUUGAAGAGUCAAAGGAAACAUGUGAGAAGUUUAAAGAAGAAGUCCUUAUGGUCCAAGAUUUUGGAAGAGGUUAUGGAAAAGCUUGUGGACAUUGUCCACUUCCUGCAUCUAGAAAUUUGUGCUGUUUUUGGCAUGGCUGAUGGAGAUAGACCAAUAAAGAACAGUCAUCAGCGAUUGGGUCCUGCUGGGCUUGCUUUACAUUAUGCAAAUAUCAUCAGUCAAAUUGAUACACUUGUUACUCGUUCAAGUUCAGUGCCUCCAAAUACAAGGGAUACUUUAUAUCAAGGACUGUCCCCAUGUAUAAAGUUAGCUUUACGUUCUAAAUUACAAUCCUUUCAGCUCACGGAAGAGAUGACUGUCCAACAAAUCAAAGCUGAAAUGGAGAAAACUUUGCACUGGCUUGUACCUAUGGCCACCAACACUACCAAGGCUCACCAUGGCUUUGGUUGGGUUGGAGAAUGGGCAAGUACUGGGUCUGAGAUGAACAGGAAAGCUAGUGGCCAGACCGAUUUACUUCGAAUAGAGACACUGCAUGAUGCAGAUAAAGAGAAGACUGAAGCUUAUAUUCUUGAUUUGGUGGUGUGGCUUCAUCAUCUUGUCACCCAAUCAAGGGCUGGAACUAGAUCUCCUGUUAAAUCCCCUAUUCGCUCUCCAAAUCAAAAGACAAAGUUGACAACAUACAAACCAAACUGUCCAUCGCCAACACUAACCAUCGAAGACCAGGAGAUGCUUCGUGAUGUAAGCAAGAGGAAAUUGACUCCUGGAAUAAGCAAGAGCCAAGAAUUUGAUACUGCAAAAACAAGGUUAAGCAAGCAUCACAGGCUAAGUAAGAGUAGCAGCCAUUCUCCUACAAGUGAAACUAAGAAGGAGCCCUUCCCCAUCAGAAGGCCAUCUUCUGUUCCUGUAAUCGACUUUGAGAUUGACCGGAUCAAAGCAUUGGAUGUUAUUGAUAGAGUAGACACACUUCGUACAGGACAAUUGUAGGCAUUAUAGCUGGAUUGAAAGGAGAUUUGCAUUUGAUGUUUGUGCAGUCAUCUUCAACAUUUUCAGGCAGUCGCUUGUCAAGGACAGGACCUUUGAAAAAUAGAGUGGACCAACAUGUACCACCUUUCCUCUCAAUUCUGCACUAAUUAUGGUCGAGGAUAAGGACAGGUCCGGGAGAAUUUGUGGAUGAAGAUGGGUUAACUGUCCCAACUCCCAAGGUGUUUUAUUAAUGUCUCGAGGUAUUUUAUUAGUCUUUUGAAUGAAAUGUUCCAAGGGUUAGGGUUGAUUUUUUCAAAUCGUUAGUAUCAGUUUCAUAUGUACAGUAUUUUUCUCAAUAAUUAAAAGUCAUGGUUUUGUUUUUG